AUGCCGAAAUCUGAAGGAUCAGUGCAAGGCCCCCAUUGCGUGGUCUUGGAUGUCCGUGUGGAAGGUGCGCAAAAGCUCGUGGGCUGCUGGUUGCGUGCUUUGCGGCAGGCAUUGGUGUACGAGCAGAUGAACAUGUCCAUCAUUUCUGUCCAUGAUGACUACUAUGUGUCUCGCUUGCCUUUGGCAUACAGCAGCGAGACACAGGUUGCCAAAGCAUUGGAGAAUCUGGAGCAGGACUGUGUUCUGCAACCCAUGGGCUUGGCAAGCUGGCCAGGUUUGGUGCCAGAACACCUUGCUGGAUUGACGCAAGGACUACCUGUGGGGUCUCACGGUACCAAGAAGCGAAAGGCUGAUGGUCGACUCUUUGCCAUCGGUGAGGAUGCCGGGCUGGCUGCUUUACGGUCUGCAGGGCAGGCUCUGGCUGCAGAGGUUGGGGAUGGGCUGCUUCAAUAUUGGACAGUAGAUGCCACAAGGUUGUUUCCCGUCGCCGCAGACGUUGUCAAGUCUUUGCCCUCCAACAUCGCGCUUGAGGUCGUCCUGGCAGUCUCUGAGUCCGAUCAGCAAGAAGUGAAGAUCAAGCUUUUGCAGCAGGAGCUGACUUCCAAGGUUCGAUUGGAAUCACUCUUGUUGGCCGAUGCCACCGUGGCUCGGAAGGUCUUGGAACCCUUUCGCCGUAGUUGGCCUAUGCAGCUUCGACUUCCUGAUCGAUGCCUCGCCCUGCGUGCGCGCUCUGCUGUGCUGCUGCCUAAGCAGUGGAUGCCACAAGGAUCGCCACCCUGCAUCGAGAUAGUGUCAGAGGUACCUUUGGCUCGACUGAGUUGUGAGCUUCUAUUUGGGGCACCGAUCUUCUUGGAGGCAGAGUCUCAGGCCAGGCAGCAUGGUGCACCGCACCAUACUUUGGCCGCCGCCGAGAUGGGCACGUGUGAUAUUGCACUCGAAAGAGUCCAUGCGCUCCUCAGGGUGGAUGCUGGCAAUGGCUCAUUGUAUAAUCACAUCGUUCAGCUAGCUCGGACCCUGGCCGAAGAGAAGCCCAAAGAUGCCUUGGAGCAAGUUGAGGCGCUCUCACGACGUUUGAAGGAGUCUGCCUUUCGUGGUCCUCCUUCUCCGGAGGAGCCUGAGCUCAGCGUGGCAGCGAAGGCCGCAGAGGACGAGAGCAAAAGCUGCGCCCAGAGCUUCAUGCUGCUUAGGUCACCCAGUGAUCCCCUAGCAGCACCAAAAGUCCUGGGAGUGGUGCAGAACUAUCUUGAGGAUGCAGCCAUCCUGGAGUGGGCUGGUGUUGGCUUUGGCAAGCAAGAGUCGUACCAUUUGGCCAUGUCAUUGCGGCAACUGGCCGCAGAAUCUGGCUUGGAAUCUUUGAGGUUGUGGGGAAAGGUUCUUGGGACUGCCAGCGACUACUACGUGGCAGAGGGCACCCUGGGAGCUUCUGAACCGACGCCUGUGGCCCUGCCUGGAAGUCCUGAUGAUGAUGUGGAGCCCAGAGGGCAAGGAGCAAACCGUUGCAUCUAUUGGGUGACAAAAGGCGGCUUCGACCCAUGGGUGAGGCUGCCACAUGCGCGUGCUAGCCAGAUCAGAGCUGCUCGAAGCAUAAAGCACAUGAUGAGUGGCGACCUGUCUUCCGAAGUGAUCUCUACCCCAUGGUUCCCAGGAGGAGAGGAACAGCUGCUUCGUGCCCAAAUCGCACGAAUUACUUCAACCUGCAUGCUAGCACCCAAAGGCUACUUCGAGGUAGAUGAGGAAGCACCUGUCAAGAACACCAUUCGAAUGGUGGAGGGUGCGCUGGAAGCCUUCCCCUCUCCAGAGGAGCUAGCAACACAGGGUGGUUGGGUACAUGCAGCACCUUUCCUUCUCUCCACAGGGAAGAGCGGCUGGCCUGAUCUGGAAGCGUUGGAAGGAAAGAUCACUGAAGAGCAGGCAGAGGAGCUGAAAGCUCUUGCGGAAAAUGAGCCAGAGAAGGCUAUGCUGGAAGGUAUCGAAACAGAUCUUGAGGAGCUGAAACCCGAAGAAGCAGAGAGCGGUCCUGCAUGGAGCAUUAAGAACUAUGGGGAUGAGGGUGUCUACUCCUCUGGCGACGGCACCAAAACUCUCCGAGUAACAGCUAUCCGAUCCAUGAUUUGGCCAGGUGCUGUCACUGUGGUGAAGGGUACGCGCUUUGCAAAUCUGUAUGUCGGCUACGGCAUGAAAUGUGGAACGCUUGUGGGGCCGGAGAAGGAAAGUGGCCUGCCGCUGCGUGGCACCAUGCCUUUGAUGCCGCUUGCGCCCGAAGAUAUCAUGGACGAACCAGGAGACUUGGAAGAGCACGAGGAGCCAAAUCCUAUUCAGGAUGAGCAAGAGAGCGACAAGGAAGAGGUGGACGUUGAUCCAGACCAAUGAGCUUGAGGCCACCCAGUUUCACCGCCAAGUGAGGGCCAAAAGGACCUGUCAAGCGACAUUGAACAUUGCUGAACAUUACUGAAC